CUCACCUUCUAGAAGCUAUUGCUCCUUGCAAGCCCAGGUGCUCUCAAUGAUAAGCGACUAUUCAGUAGAUGUAUCUGCUUAUAUCAAAGUGCAGAACAUCUCUUCUGAGAUAUCCCCAUCACCACUGCCACCACCUCCUCCUUCAAAUCCCACGACUGACACGGAUUCCAGCCCCGCGAGGAAAGCUAAUCGUCUUCCAUUAAUACUUGGACCUGUCUUGGGCUCUUUGAUUCUUCUCGUGGUUGCAUUGGUUCUCUUCAUCUGGAAGAGACGAGCUGCUGAUGAGGCAGACGAGGACUAUCUAGAUGAAUUGCAAGGAAUGCCCACUAUAUUUCCAUACAACGAGCUCAAAUCUGCGACAGAGAAUUUCUGCAAGAAGAUCGGGGAGGGUGGGUAUGGCUCAGUUUUUCAAGGCACCCUAGCUGAUGGCACGAAAGUUGCAGUAAAGCGUCUUGAAGGCUUAGGACAGAUCAAGAAGUCCUUCCUAGCAGAAGUGAAGACUAUCGGCAAAAUCCAUCACGUCAACUUGGUGAGACUUUUAGGAUUCUGUGCUGAGAAAUCGCACGGGCUACUGGUCCACGAGUUCAUGUCCGGGGGAUCUCUUGAUGGGUGGAUUUUCCACGAGGCGGCUGGCGGGGUUGUGCUUGACUGGCAACGGAGAAAGAAGGUUGUCCUCGACAUAGCAAAAGGAUUGAAUUACCUCCAUGAGGAUUGCUGGCAGAAGAUAAUCCAUCUCGACAUUAAGCCCCAGAAUAUCCUCCUCGAUGAGAACUUGAGUGCAAAGGUGUCUGACUUUGGGCUGUCGAAGCUUGUCGAGAGGGACAAGAGCCGGCUGGUGACGACCAUGAGAGGAACACCUGGCUAUAUAGCCCCCGAGUGGUUGAGCGGGUUGAUUACAGAGAAAGCAGAUGUCUACAGCUUCGGGGUGGUGGCUUUGGAGAUCGUUUGUGGCCGGAAAGUCUUCGAAAGCUCCCAGAGCGAGGAAGACAGGUUUCUUCUGCAUCUUCUUAAGAGGAAGGCGGAAGAGGACCGGUUGCUCGAUAUGGUUAAUGCCUAUGGGAUGGAUAUGCAGUUGUACGGACCUGAAGUUGCCAACAUGAUCAAGCUAGCUGCUUGGUGUUUGCAAGCUGACUAUACCAAGAGACCAUCCAUGUCGAUGGUCAUUCAGGUCCUAGAUGGAGUUAUGGAAGUAAAAGAUAACCUAGAUUUCAACUUUUGGAAUCGUCCUGUCACUGCUGGCCCGGGUAGGAAUCGAGCCGGUGCUCCUAGUGCUCCUCCAUUGCCUUGGAUUCUAUCUGGCCCUAGAUAAAACCCGCGAAGUAAUUGAGAUGACUUCUACUCUCACCGUCUCGUUUGCUCAUGGUGAAACAAACUAGUUGCAAUUACUCUAACCUGCAUUUCCAUUUCCUUUACAUUUUCCCUUCAAAUGUCCUGCCAUUGGUUGCUCUCAAAAAGUUGAAUACAGCUGCAUUCGCAAUUUGAAAGGAGUGUACAACUGCAUUCUCAUAUUUCACAGCCUUGUUUGUACGACGGACUCUGAA